AUGGGCGUGGAUGGGGAGGAUGCGGUCGCCGUGUCGUGCCAAGUAUCGACCAGCAUCUCCCCAUCGCCCCCGCCCGUGAUUGGCGCCAACGCGCAGGAAUCUGCGGGUCGUGCAGCGUUAGGGCGAAGGAGUGCGGCUGCUCCCUGCUGCAACGGCCGGCUCAAAUUUAGAAUAUCCGAACCCUGCUGCUGCCGCAUCAGAUUACCUUCUUUUCUUCUUCAUGCAACACGCGACCAGCAACCAUCCGCCUGUCUGCUGUCUCGCGCAGGCCCGCUGCGACGGUAUGACGUCCAACCUUCGUCUCGGCACCGAGAUGAUCGAGAUUCCGUCCUGGAACGUCGCACGAACCGGAGGAGCACGCCCGAGCACGGUUCCAGACUCCAUCAACCGGCCCAUCAAUCUUCAAUCAAUCACGCACUGAAUCGGAAACUGCGCAACAGCAGCCUGUCGACUCAGACCAUUCAUGAAGAGUCCAUGAACCGCCCGCCAGAAUUGAAUCCUAACCCCUUACUCUGCGCCUGA